AUGGAGCCAAAUCUCGAUUGUCCAACAACUCCCAAAACGCCAGUGCCACAAGGAUACCAAUUCGUUCCAAGAGGAAAUAAUUAUAUCACCGGGCAUUGCUGGAGGCAAGCACAUCUUGAGGGCCAAACUGUUUAUAUCGUCAAUGGAAAGGGGGGAAGGCUCGGCAUUAGAGUGCCAACCACUACCCACAUCAAAGUCCUACAGGAUUACGACAGGACAAAAGCUAAUCGAGCUCGACGGGUCCGUAAUAGAGAUGCUAGGCUAGAGAAAUUAUUCGGCAAAUCUGUUAAAAAUCAAUUCUAUCGAAUACCUCUCAAGGACAUAAGAGAAAUCGUCAAGCAAGCCACGGAAAAGGGAAGUGGAAGAGUUGGGAGAAGGCAGAAGUUGGAUAUAGCUAAGAGAGCUCGCUUAGCUGUACAUGCCCAUAUUCGACAUCGCCAUACAAACUACGAUGAGCUCUUGAAAAAAGGUAUCUCAAGAGACAUGGCACGAGAUCUGGUCGACCAAAAGGUUAACGAAAUUGUCCAUAUGUGGGGAGGCACAAAAGAAAAACUUCAGUCGCCUGACAAGCGCCCAGGAUCAAAUUGUGCGGUCAUGGAUCAAGUAUUGCAAGCAGACUGUGCAGAAUCCACUUAG